UAGUUGGUCGUUUAGGGACACCUUAGAAUAAAUAAUAAAAAUAGAAUCUUUUUCUUGGGAGAUCGGAAAUACCAAACCUCGGCUGCUCCGAUGGCUCUGCUUCUCACCAAAUUCGCUUCUUUAGCCUUCUUAGCAUUAUCAAUGGCUUCCUUAAUCCUCACCACUGAGUCCACCAAACCUAAUGGACUCGGAUUUGGAAUCUUUCCAAGAGGAAAACAUCAUACUCAGUCUCAGAGAGAGUUCGAUUACUUCGCUUUGGCUCUGCAAUGGCCCGCCACUUACUGUCGCCGUAGCCGCCAUUGCUGUACUUCCAAUGCUUGCUGCCGAGGUUCAAAUGCUCCUGCUGAGUUUACAAUACAUGGGUUGUGGCCUGAUUACAAUGAUGGAAGCUGGCCUUCUUGCUGCACUAAUAAGAGGUUUAAUGAGAAAGAGAUUUCAUCAUUGCUUGGUGAUCUGGAGAAGUAUUGGCCGUCUUUAAGUUGCGGUUCACCAUCAACCUGUCAUGGUGGUAAAGGGUCAUUUUGGGGUCAUGAGUGGGAGAAGCAUGGAACUUGUUCUGCUCCUGUCACUGGUGAUGAAUACAAUUACUUUUCAACGGUCCUAAAUAUCUACUUCAAAUACAAUGUCUCGAGAGUCCUCUCCGAAGCAGGAUAUGUAGCUUCGGAUAGUGAAAAGUAUCCCGUUGGAGGCAUCAUUUCUGCCAUUCAAAAUGCUUUUCACACAACCCCAUUGAUAGUUUGCAAAAAUGGAGCUAUAGAGGAACUUCGGUUAUGCUUUUACAAGACCUUUGAGCCCCGUGACUGCGUGACUCAAGUUAACAGUGAGAACACGGUUUCUUCAAGAAACUCAUGCCCUAAAUAUGUCAGCUUACCAGCGCACGCUUCAAGGGGGUUUGAUGGUGCCGAAACAAAACUUCCAUGGAUUCCUGCAAAAGAAGCUAUUGAAGAACAUGAGAGCAUGUAAAUAUUGUGAACCAGUCUCACAUAAUGGAUAUUUUUCUUAAUUUAUCUGUAUAAUAAAAUGUUGCAUAAAUCAGACACCAUAUGAAAUGUUGAUACAUAGGUGUGUGUGUAGAUUACAGCUCCAUUGUUCUCCUCUAUCAUUGAAAAUAUGCAAACAUUAGUUUAUCAAAACAGAAAACAGAGAAGUAAAAAAUAGCUUAGCUUUCUGCCAUGGAGUUUGUAUAUAUUGAACAUUUUGUUUUUAAUGUUUUCUACACUAAAAAAAGAAAAAUCUUUUUAUGUUA